GUUAGCUUUUCCAUUUGUGCGUGCAGUGAAAAAGCUAUUAUUUAUAAUAAAGUUUAUUUAUUUAUUAUAAAGUGUGUUCGUGCAUUUAGAAUUUUUAAUUGAUUUUUAUAAGUAAAUUGCAGUAAAAUAAUUUUCCUCCACCGCCGCUUUGGAAAAAUGUUUUAAGCAGCAGCAGCAACGGGAAAAAUCAAUUGUUUCACAAUAUCGACCGACCGACGGACGACUACUCGUCCUCAACAUGCUUAUACGCAAUUUAUUUUUACAGCCGCCCAUGGUAGGGUUAGCGCUCCUCUUGGCAUGCCUCCACAUGGCUAAUGGCAUGGAACAGGCGGCUGUGGGCGAAUUGUUUUCCUACAAAAUUGAACCUUUACUCUUCAACUGGACCCAUCAGGUUAUCAGCGAACAAUUUCGCUAUCGCGUUUCAUUGGAGGGAUACGCAGAUUUGCCGUCAUGGCUGCGCUACAAAUAUAGUCAUGAGUAUCACGCUGGUUUCUUGUAUGGUACACCCACUGACCGAUUGGCUGAUAAAACUGUACGCUUGGACAUUGUGGCAUUGAAUAAGCAAAACUAUGAGACACGCACAGCUAAGCUGUCUAUAUUUGUGGCACAAAAGUUGCCAUCGCUGAAUAUCAUACAAAUGAAAAUUGACAAUUUGAAUUGGGUGCAUCUGAUGGAUCCGGGACGUGUUGAGAAUUUAAGAAAUAUUUUCCGUAAAGAUUUGUGGCCAGAAAGUGAGAAUGAUUUGAGUGUAGUUUUCAUGGAGUCGGCAGUAAAUAUGGGCGGACGCUUGCCAUUGCGACCACAACAGCGAGAAGGCGUUGUUGUGCAUCUUGGCAGCUCUGCCCAGUUUUCGUCACGUCUCAAGGAGUUGCAGGAGGAAGUACGUCCCCUAUAUAAACUGACCACAUGCACCUACAAACGCACCUCUGUGCAAAAGGUAUUCGAGAAUGCCGGUUUUAAAUUGGAUUGGUGCGCUUUUAAGACAGUUGGUGCCGAUAUAUCACCGGAAAUACUCUUCCACAAUUACGGUCACAGAAGUCAUCAUGAAAAUUUCAAACGCACUGACCGCUGGGUGGGCAUUGCACGCGAGGAUGUACCAGAUCGCAAUUAUAUUGAUGAGUUUGCCUUCGCUUUCGCCAUUCCUGGCAUGAUACUCGCCGUACUUUUGGGUAUUUUAUCAGCUGCACUUUGCUUUCAGCACGAAAAAUUAUUUGAUCCGAAUUCUGAGUUUUUCUUUGAGAAUAUUUUUCAUAUUUGUGAGGAGUCUUGUAAAAAGGAAAAUGAUUGUGAUUCCGCCGAAACGGGAAGUGAUAUGGCAUCAACAUAUCAUCCUACAACCUCGACUGUACAAAUGGUGCAAUGUUCGGAUAGCAAUACUGAUCAGCCAGUGACAACUUUGAAGAGCUUAAAGGAUCCCAAUUGCCUGUUGGAUAAUGUUAGCAUGCACUCACAUAGUCCCAACAACAGUUAUUAUCAAACUGACAGUCCAUCCAACACCUAUUUACGUCCUAAGCCCCCACCAUACAAAGGUGGCACUUUGAAUCGCAAUGGCGUGGAUAUUUGACAGUCAACCCCACGAAUAUUAUAUUGCUAAGCAGCAAGAGAAGCUUGAAUAUUGGCAAAAAUAUGAAUGAAAUAAUCGUGUUUAAUAAAUAAUUACCAUAUCAAUAUGCGGUAUCAUAAAGUAUUCGAAAAGCAAAUAAGAUUUAACCAGUAGUUCAGAAAAAAGUAUGGCUUUUUCAUACAUAUGUAGUCCGAAUUGUUGCUGAACAAUGCGUGAAAAAUAAAAAUGGCAAUUAACUUAAAAAAUAGUAUAUUAUAUUAAGUGAUUUUUUUUUAAUAGUGUGCAUUUGUUAUGUUAUGUAGAAGUAAAUGUAGCAAAAGUUAGAUAUUUAUAUAUAUA